AUGUUCCACCCCACAAUAUCGGAAGGGGCAAGGGUGGCCCUUAGUAAACUGCUGAUUGGUGUCAACGCGUUGUGCUUCGUUGUCGGUUUCAUGUUCUGUAGAAUCGGUCUGAAGAUCCGACCGAUAAUCACCGACUUUAUGAAAUUAUUUCAGAACAACUUUUUCGACCAGUUAUCUAUCCUGAUGCUGGUUUGCGGUUGCACGCUGAUCGUCGGCAGUGUCGUCUGUGUCUAUUUCUAUCUCUGUGCCAUUGUCGUUAACCAGGCCGGCAUGAUAGAGGCGAUGAAGUUGUACAAAUCCAACCCCGAGUACAAGCAGGCCAUAGACAGGGUCCAGAUUGAAUAUUCCUGCUGCGGCAGUGACAAGUACUCCGAUUGGUUUCAGGUAGCAUGGAUAUCAGAUGAAUUUGUAGAUGCGGAACUAACCGAAGUUAAAGAGCAUUUGAAGACAGGGGUGUACCUAGCCGACGAUGCCCCCUUCAGUUGCUGUGACCCCAUGUCUCCGCGACCCUGCAUCAAUCGGCAUGUACAUGACAACGAUGUCCAUCCGUCCUACGACUUCCUCAACGAUAUUACUCUCUACAAGACGGGAUGCAAAUUGGCCCUAGAGGUGUUCAUAGAAGUGAAAUGUUUCUACCCGUUGAUAGUGGCUUUCACGUCUUUCCUCAUCUUCUACCAGCUGAACUUCGUGUUGGCCUCCUUCCUAGACACGUCCAUCACGUUAGCCAUACGAUCAGGUGACCCAAGAGUGACCACGAUUGGAUUUUGUUGCACGUGUUGCAGCAACAUCACUCACUUCUCGACUGCUGUGGCCGCCUGUCCAACACCUUCCUCUGUGAAGGCUGACUCGUGCAAUCCUUUCUACCGACCAAGCCAGUUCGCCAUCGAACAGUCUGGGACGUUCGACGUGAUGAACAGGGGAAGGAAUGCUGGGUCGUCACAACUCUGGGUCGUUGUCGAGAAUGAAAGUUCGUCCGGUUUCUCAAACGUGGACGCCGAAAGUCUUAAGGCGAUCGAUCGACCGAAUGUUAAAUAUGACGCCAACAAAAAUGCAGGAAAUUCACGUUAUGCAUUAAAUGCUCUUUGCAGUGGCGAGAAGGAUGAAUUGGAAGCAUCUCUUUCAAAAACUUCUGAAGACAUUUGUUCAGGUGGCUCUAAGUUCAGUGCAAGAUUCAUUAAAUCAAAUCUCAGUGCGAUCGUUAAGAAGGUUUCUGACCUAUCGGUGAAAUUGAAACAGCGAUACUUGGGAACCGAUGGAGAUGCCAGCGAGGAAUGCAGGCACUUGAUGGCAAAUAAUUCCUCAGAAGAUGAAGACAACGAGAACCUGAACCACUACGCUAAUCAAAGCGAUUCAGACAAUACUUUCGACGAGACUGCUCAAAAUUCAUCAACAACUUCCUCCAAAUCACUCAACAAAAACAAUUCCUCAUUGAAAAAUAAAAACCCUUCCACACGGAACAACAACAACUCCAAAGGCACAGCCAACAAGACCCAUACUUCAGCCGAAACAUCCAGUGUCAGUCAAACCAGGAGUGAAUUGGUGGGUCGAAAGAAAAUAUUGACCCAACUCUUGCUGGACGCUAACACUGAUCCAAUGUUUCCAUCUGACGCUGAUUCUAAUGAAGUCAAGUCCAUGCCCAAGCUUCAAGGAAUGUAUUGA